AUGGCCGCACUGGAAAAUAACGACUUGGCCGACUACAUCCCACAAAUAGGUUCAUUUGCGGUUCUCACUGUCGAUCCCGUCGCUUGCGUGGACUAUCUUGAGGAUCCAGUGGCGACGGCUGCGUGCGCGCUACUCCCGAGUAAGGAUUACGUGGUUUACAUAUCGGGUUCGGCACCACUACUGGACCCACGAACUGCUUUCCGAGAAGAACGCCCCUACUUUGUCAUCCAAGGCGCUCUGCAGGAUAUUCCAAACCAGUUUAUUGACGCCGGCAUGUCCAUUCCCCUUGCACACCAAUCCCUCACCCACCCUUCUGGUCGCCAACCGCUCAAGAUCUCAGGCAGCCCUUUUCCUUGGUCUGACUGCUACUUGUCUGCGUUUGUGAGCGUCUCUGUGCGCUGCCCCAAUGGGUUAGUGGUGGAUCCUGUGCUAUGCGAGCUCGACGAGGACGAGCAAUUUCAGUUCACCAUCCUGAUUGACGACGACUCCGUGCGGCGGCGCGAGCGGAGGGCAGCGCAGGGGGAGAAGGAUAAUGUUGGGGCUGUGGAUCCCAAUGUGGAUGCCGAUUCAGUCACGAAUGUGGACAUAGGCAACGACGAUACGGACUCGGAUAAUGGAACCGAAGGAGAAAUAGACGAGGAAGAAGCUGUCGCCAUUUUCCGCAGCCUAUUUGCCAACCAAGCUUCAGAGCGCCUACCUGCGGUUGCAUUCACGCAUAAUCUGUCUCAAGUAAAGGAGUUCAACGACCCCAAAGGGUAUUUUCAAGAGAUUGCCGUCAUUGCUGAAAUAAUCAAAGCCUCGUUGGCACGGAAGGAAGCAGCCAAAGCUAUCAUAAAUCAGAAGGACGCAGCACGUUACGAUGAGAAAACAACCGAAUUGUUGCAAGCUCAUCAAGCCUCUCGUGGCCCCGAUGCACCUGCUGCAUCAAUUCAGGAUAAAGCCUCCUCUUUGUCGGGAAAACCGCCUCUGACAGCGCCUCUCGAUCGCGGUGCUCGGUUUUCGCGAGUUCGCGUCUGCAUUGCGCAAAUCAAGAAUCUCUCCUUGUUGUCCUCUUCCUUAUUACCAUCUCAUUCACCCUACUUUCAAAUGGCCACCAAUCACGACUUGGGCCGCUACAUCCCACAAAUAGGUUCAUUUGCGGUCCUCACCGUCGAUCCUGUAGCUUGCGUGGACUAUCUCGAAGACCCGGAGGCAACUGCUGCAUGCUCUCUCCUCACUAGUAAAGGCUACGUGGUAUAUAUGCAUGGUUCGGGGCCACUGCUUGAUCCCCAGGCUGCUUUUCGAGAAGAGCAGCCAUACUUUGUUAUGCAAGGAGUUCCGCGGGACAUUCCGGACCAAUUCAUCGAGGCAGGCAUGUCCAUUCCCGUCACACCCCAGUCCCUCACCAUCGCCGACCACCCCUCCGGUCGUCAACCACUGGAGAUAUCUGGUGCUCUAUUUCCUUGGCUGGACUGCUACUUGACCGCGUUUACGCAAGUGUCCGUGCGCUGUGCGAAUGUUCUGAUUGUGGACCCCACGGUUUGCGAACUCGACAGGACCGAGCGAUUUCGGUUCAUGUGUCUGAUUGACGACGACGCAGAGCGGCGAGACGACCUUCGGGCGGAUGCGGAGGAAGCAAAGGCACUGACUCAGAAUCCUACCGAAUUGGCGACUGCGACCGAUGAUAUCGUGACUGACACCGAUUAUGGGGACUCCGGUGAUGCAGUCGAAGAGAUAGACGAGCAAGAAGCUGUUGCCAUGGCCAUUUUCCGGGGCCUCUUUGCCGACCAAGCUUUAGAGCACCUGCCCGCGGUCAAAUUCACACAUGAUCUGUCGCAAGUGAAAGAGUUCAACGAUCCCAAAGGGUACUUUCAAGAGCUGGCCGUCAUCGCUGAGAUAAUCAAGGCCUCGCUGGCGCGAAAGGAAGCAGCUAAGGAUCUGAUCAUCCAGAAGGAUGCAGCGCGUUACGAUGAGAAAACGGCUGAGUUGCUGCGAGCUCAUCAAGCUUCUCAUGCUCCUGUUGCUAGUCAGAAUAGCGGCUUGUCUUUCGCAGAAAAACCGGCACCGACAGCGCCUCUCGAUCGCGGCGCUACAUUUUCGCGAGUUCGUGUCUGCAUUGCGCAGAUCAAGCAUGUCUUCCGUCGUAUUAUGUGCCAGCCGAUAGACCAUAAUACAUAA